AUGGCCGAUUCUAGCGAGUCCCGGCCGGUCGCGCGGGCCACCAAGCCCGUGAGCGAGGCUCUGCUUAACGAGAAGUGGGACCGCGCCAUCUCCUCGAUGAUCAUCAAGUCUUCCCUCGGCCUGUCGUUCGGUGUUGUUUUCUCCGUUCUUCUGUUCAAGCGGAGGGCCUGGCCUGCUUGGGUUGGCCUUGGCUUCGGUGCCGGCCGUGCUUGGGAGGAGGCUGAUGCCAGAACUCUAUCGCCCCUAAACCGCGGUGCCUCCAUGAUUCGAUCUACUUUGGAGCUCCGAAAAGGGAACCCACCCGGCAACCAGGUGCAAUGGGAGUCCCUGAAGCUCUUCAACGUCGAACAACUGCCUUUCACUCUGGCACAGAUGAGCUAA